AUGGACCCCUUCCAACAUCCACACGCGCCAUCUGAAGCGCCCUGCUCGCCCAGUGCGAUUACCUCUGGGCCACAACCUGCACACCUAUCCCUCUGCUCACCCAUGAAUACUUUUAGCUGGGACAUCAUACGAAACGACAUCGUAACCCUUAGUCGCGAGUUCUUUCCCCUAGUCAUCAGCGAAGGCAUAACCGAAGAUGAGCGGGCUGGUGUGUUUGCGCUGUUUCAGCGAGUAUGCGUUGCAGCGACCCCACAGGACAAAGAUGAGAUGGCCUUCCGGAUGGGGUUCUAUGACCUUGUGAGGGAUACAGUCUCUUGUCAUCGCUCACACCCAUUCGAUAGCUCGUUAGCAAAUCCAGAACACGGUCGCCCGAUACUAGAUGCUCUGAGGUCAAUUGAGCCACCUGCGCAAGCGUUGUCAACCACAGCAGGCAGCAGGUUCUUUGAACACGACAUAAUGAACGAGCUGCUGAGCGAGGUGGAGAAUAUGGAACUACAAUAUAGCUCUGGAACCUGUUCUGAAAGUUCCGCUGUCAGCUCUCCAACAUUCAGCACUCAAAUUCUGGCUUUCCCUCAGCCCCGGGUCGGACAGCUACUGAUACAAGGCCCCCAAGGCCCGACACCGUCCGCCCUAGUCACCAGCAUCUCUGUCCCUCGACCCCCAUGCCCACUCUCUGCGACAAGUAACGAGGAGCAGAUGCCAAGCAAGGACAACAUCGUACCAUGGACUUUGCAGACCAAGCCACUGCCUCCCAUCAACACCUCGCCCCUGGCUAGCCCAAAGGGUCGACUUCCUGCCGUGACUCCUACCACACCCUCUAGGUCAAAGCUAGUCGCCUCCUCCCCACGGACUAUCCCUGACCUCUCUCGCCUCCACAUCACGCCCCCCUCCGGACCGCGCCCUCUACAGAAGAAGCACUCCUCUUCGCCCCUGUCCCCUAUCUCCCCAGGCGCCUAUACGACCGUUUCGCCAACAUCUACCCCAUGCGCACCCCGAGCCAUCGCUCCCGCCGACGAAGACCAUCAGCUCAUUCAUCAGCACCAUCCUCCCGCUGUCCAGAGACGCAACGCUACGAGACUCCCGCAGUGCCCGAACUCCACCCCUCGUGCCCACAGGAGGGGCAAAUCAACAACGCUGGAACCUACCGAUACUCUAUAUCCAGUCAUGCAAGAGGACCAAGCUCGUGACUCUCCGGAAGGAGUUGAUCAGAAGAUAAAUGGGGAAGCGGUAGAAGCGACAACGCCUGCUGUCGUGAGGCGCAAGUUGACGGAGCUUUCGGAGGCGAUCUUGUCGUCUAAAAUUGGUCUGGGGGAUGAAGUCAAACUGAGCAUCGAUCCAAACACUGUCAAGUUGACAAAAGUGCAGAAGAGCUGGACAAUUUCAUUUGAGACACUAUAG